AUGGACCUGGGUAGCAACAUGAUGCUGUGGCAGGGCAGCCACGUGCUGCCCAUGUUCCGAGGCUCCGUGGGGAAGCUGCAGCGGCAGCUGUGCAAGGGCGAGUUCGCCAUGUUCAAGGACAUUCUCAUGUUUGAGAGUGACUUCAUCCAGAUCAACAAAAGAGGAGAAGUGAUCGGCAUGCACAACAAUGCGGGGAUGGUCACCGUGGGCAUCGCAUACACCAGCCCUGACCUCACAAUCCCUGAUGUCAUGCUGCUGGCACGACCGGCUGCGAGCUGUGUGGACUGCACGGGACAUGACCCACGCACCCCAUGCACCCGUGGCAAGGGGCUCAAGUCAGCGAAGAUCUUGGAGCUGACCAGGCUGCUUCCUUUGAGGCUUGUGAAGUUGUCCAUCCACAGCCAUGAGAACAAACAGCUCCACUUGAAGCUGGCCAGUGGCAGCUCUUUUUACCUACAAUUAUACUCCCCUUCAAAUGCAAAAGAAGAUCUGUUUGCACACUGGGAAGACCUGGUGUUCUUCCUGAGACCGCCCGUGGAGGCUUACAGCGGAACCCAGGCCAUACCAGCUUGUGACAUGAUGGACAUACUUAUGUUCGAGGCAGAGGACAGAAAGAGCCCAGCCGCCACGGAGUUCCAUAGAGAAGGUGCCCAAGACCAGGUCAGCAUCAGAAGCCUUCACAUGGUCACUGAGGUGUCUGGGGCCACCUCUCUUGCUUAUGCUGGUGGGGAAGGAGUCCAACAAUAUUCUUCAUGGGACAACCUUGUGCUUAAGGACACGCUGUCUUUCCUAACCCCGGCACCAGCAGGGCCUGACCAGGCGGCAGUACCGGAGGCAGCAGCACUAACACCCGAGGGCAGUGUGAGUUCGGUUGCAGGAGGGGAGACGACCAACAGACCUGUUACAGAGACCUUGGAAGGUCCAGGAGCUGGGCCCUUCGUCUCAGCCUGCCAGAGUAAAGACAGUGAAGACCAGAGUGAAGAGAAUGGAGACCAGAGAGUCUCCCAAUGCCAAGCUGAAGCCCUUAGGAAGGAAAACGAAAAGGAGAAAACUCCCACCAAAAAGCCCUCCCAUUCUGGUAGGAAGUGGGGGGACAAAUCAAUCCCAAGAUCUCAUGGAACCACUCAGGGAGAUCAAAAGAAGAAAGACCAGAGCAGCCCAGGGGGCAAAGUGCAUGGCUCCUCCCCCCAGGAAUACAACAACCUCAGUGUCACCCAAAAGAGGUCUAGAUCAUCUCAAAAGUCAAAAAGGAGCUGA